UCCUAAAAUCUUUGAGACAAGUGAUCUUUUCGUGACCUGGGAAAAAAAGGGGAGAGCUUGUUCUUCUUAAUCCACUUUUACCCCUCCCUCUAUUCCUCUUUCUCUUUCCUCUGUAGUCUGCAAUGCUCUAUCGCUUCAUCUCAAAAUCUUCACACCUCCUAUUGCUAACCCUAGUUUCCUCCAAAACCCACUUCUUAAACCCUAAACCCUUUCCCCCUAAAUCCUCAUUUUCCAUUCCCAAGCCUAAUUUCUUUCCUAGGAACUCCUUUUUCUUCUCCACAGGUAACAACAACAACAAUGGCAAAGUUUCAGACCCUUUAUAUACUUGGAAGCUCUCUUCUGAAACGGAUGAAUCAGUGUUCAAUGAAGAUUCAGCAAGUGUUGAGGGAACAGAAAGACAGUUUCUUGAUGGUGGGUUUUGGUCUAUAAAACUUGGUGGCGGUCAAGAGGGAAAAGGUUCUUGUACUGAUGAAUUGACAAUUGAAAAGAGUAGACUUAGUAAGCCUUCGGUAAGUGUGUAUUCAGAAGAAACUUUGGAAAUAAUUGAGAUUCUCAAGGGUGGUGGGGAAGACUUGAUGCACAGGUUAAGAUUGGUGGCUCCAAAACUAUCAUUAAAGCUCAUCAUUGAGAUUUUUGAGCUUUUGAAAGAACAAAGAAUAUCUGGAUUAAAGUUCUUUAAUUGGCUUCGAGACUCGUAUCCUGAAUUUUAUCGCAGUGCUUAUGUCAAUAGUCUGAUUAUAUGUAAUUGUGGAUGGUUAGAUGACUAUAAAACAAUGUUCUCUUUGUUGGUAGAGUUUAAGACAGAAGAAAUUUGUUUAACUGACAAGGCUUUUGGGUUCUUAACUCUAUGUGGAUCGAGUAAGGAUUCAUUGAUGAAUUCUACAAGGAAAGUGGUUGAUAUGCUAAAUGAGGUUGGAGGAUCCUGUCGUGGUUCUGGUGUUUAUGGAUUAAUCGAGAUGUUCUGUUGCUUGGACAUGUUCGAAAUGGCAACAUUUGUAAUAGAGAUCACUGAAAGAACAGCUUCUCACUACAAUAUUUUGAUCCGUAAAAGGUGUAAGGCAGGCCACAUUGAAGAAGCGCGAGCUAUUAUCAACGAGAUGUUUGAACNGCAGGCCACAUUGAAGAAGCACGCGCUAUUAUCAACGAGAUGUUUGAACUUGAAUGAUAAGAUGGAAGAUGUGUCUAUUGUGCUCGAAGAAAUGAGAAAUAAGGGUCUCAAUCCAGAUGCAAUAACUUAUGAAACUCUAGUAUAUCAUUCAUCUAGCCGUGGUCAGGUUGACAUUGCCUCCGAAUUUUUGAAGUUGAUGGUAAAUGAGAAUGUGGAACCUCGUUCUACUACUCAUGCUGCCUAUCUUAAGGUUUUGCUUGAGGCGGGUGAGCGUGAGAAAGCAUAUAAGUAUGUGAUUGGCAUGAGCGCCAAAUAUAACCACUGUGGCAAUGUACUAUACAGCUUGCUGGUGAGGCUUCAUCAGAAGAAAGGAGACCUUAUGACUGCUCAAAACAUUCUUAAUGAAAUGAUUGACAAGGGUCUCAAGCCGGACUUUGGAGUUUUCAUUGAAGUUGUAAAGCAGCUCCAGAAGACGGACAGGAAAUCUUUAUCUCGAGAUCUUAGGACCAAAUACUUAGUUUUCUAUUGUAGUGACAUACAAAAAGCUAGCAAUUCUUUAUCUAAUUCUUUUGUCCCAUGCCAAGGUUGA